GUUUACUGGCGCCCUGCAGAAACCAUAUCUUCAUUAUAAUGCCAGAUGUGCGACGGGAAUUGCAGCAUCGACGUGCGGCUGCACUCAUAAGAAAUCUGAUGGUUUUAAAGUAUGAUUUCGAAAAACACGGUGUCCCCAAGUGUUCCUGUUCACUUUUAGCAUUUUUCAAACUUCCUCGGAGGAUUGAGUUUAUGCACAUUCUUCACUUUUUAUUCCGAAAUUUACAUCCACUGAAAUAUGAGGCGGAGUUGAGUGGAUUAGAGGGACCAAAGUUGGAGGUAGCUUUUAAAAAGGCAGUUAACGGGUGGCUGCGUUCAUUGUCAACUGAGCUUCCUGGUAUUGCUUCGAGUUUUUUUGCCAUUUGGGGCUUUCCUACUGGACAUAGAGUUUUGCGCCUGCUGGCGGGCCUCUCUUCUUAUGUGCUGGUUGUCACCAACAGCUCAGUAUUUAAACCGGGUCAGAGUAUCGCACGGGAUAAAUUGAAGUGUCAUUCUGUCAAAAAAGCUCGGCUUAAUCUUAUUCGGUCAAGAAAAUACGUCCUUUUGGAAGUGCAACUUCUAAGGAAACUUCGAAAUAGUUGUGGUGCUCUUGAGGAACAAGUUCAUCUUGCAUCAGAAGAACUUCUAAAAACCAAACAGCUCAUUCUCUCAGAUUCUGAUAUCCGGAUAAAAAUGAAAGAUAUCAGCGACUCUGCUUUCUGUCUCGGUGAAACCAAUGGACCGUCAGAUGAACUAAUUGCUUAUCGAAUUCAAAUGGAGAGAAAAGUAGCAGCUCUGAGGCAGCAACUUGGAGACUAUCUAAACAAGUAUAAGCCUUCUUUACUUCUAUUAGAUGAUAUUCUCAACAAUUUGGACGAACAGCCAACUACUCUAAACGGUUUCAACAUGAAAUUUCUUCGUAGUAAAAACACAUUGCCUUUGUCAGAAAAUGAUAAGACCUCUAGUAAUAACAAGCAAGAACCAGAACGAACUGAUGACGAAUUGGACUUUUCCUCGUUUCUGCGUCAUUCAGCUACGCUUUUCCAAAUGGCAUCAAAAUCUUACAAUUCUCCUUUUAUUGAUGAUAUUACCCAAAAAACGAUGACAUCGCAGUAUAAAUCAUCGAAUGCAAACGAUUCAGCGGAUUGUCUUAGUUUGUUCCGACAAGCUGUUGAUCAUCUACACUCUCAGUCAUCUAGUUUAAAUGAGUGUCUCCAACAGACUGCUAGUUCAUCAGAAACGAAUUCACAACCAUCUUGUGCAUAUCCAAUUUCUCUGAGGGAAACUAAUGGGGAACUUUGUUGGCUUAUGGAAGAGAUGCAUCGUUCCAUUGAUGAAUUAGUGGUGACUCUAAAACCUGAAUGGCUCAGUGAAUCGCACAAGGGAUUGGACUUUUCAGAUAUUUCGAAUAGCUUAAGCACUGGUCAGUCGUGUUUGUCUCAGCAAACACUUAAUGCACAUGAUAAGAAUUAUACGUUCUGCGAUGAGUCUGCGAAGGCUACUACAGAUAAAACAAAUAAGGUUUUGUCAACGGGAUCAUCAUCGAUUGAAGUUUUGCAGAAUAACUGUAUCAAUCAUCCUUCAUUUGGGGGAAGUAUGUUUCUGUGGUGUUUUUUUUACUGCAAGAGAAUGUGUUAUGUGUACUUAUCAUGAAACUGAAGUGAAGUUUCUGUGUAAUUUAUUUUGUGUGCUUUUUAAUUAUGUUUCUAAGUAACUCCUAAUUGUAAUUAACUUUGUAGAUUCUUUGUCGUCGGGAUAUAGAAGAAAGUGUAUCACACUUUCAAAUUGAUACUAGAAAAUCAUCUGAAGCUCAAACUAGUAUCGGCUUGUUUGUACUGACUACACUGUAGUUAUAUUAAGUGUUGUUACGGCUUUCAAAUGCCAUUGCGUGAUAACCAUCCACUCUAAACGUUUUAUUUGGUGCAACCUGUAUAACUCAGAUUGAAAGGGGGGAAUAAGUCAAAUCAAUAGUCACUUAAAGCUGUAUGUAUUGAAAUAUGAAAAAAAACUUUCUCCAGAAGUACCUUAAGUUAAAUGUUCAUAAGUUGCUCAUAGCACUUUCGUGAAACGAUUGUGUUGUGUUGUAACACAAUUGUGAUAUGAGACUAAAGAAACUUUUGCCUGGUAUAUAUUUUUUGUAUAAUACGUAUUGGGAAAUCUUACAUGCAACAUAAAUGGCAUUAAUUUAUGAUAUACAAACAAAUCGUAUCCGUAUCAAGAUUUCUCUGGUUGUUAGUUUAUAAGGAUUGGUAUAACUCCGGAAAAGUGAAGUUAUCAGCAUACUCAACUGCUUCACUGGCUAUCGUUAAAUCAGGUAUCACCAAAUACCAGUUCUAGAGCAUCAUAUAACGCAUAUGUAGAGUGCAUGCCUAACAUCCCUUGAUUUCUGCUCAAAGCUUGACAAAGACUCCAUAUCUUGCCAUCGUUUUUAUUGGAUAAGACCAGAUCUCACAAAUACGGUUAAGUUGUUAGAGAAACUCUAGAUUCGAAAACACUUACUGAUUCACAUCUAUUUUCAUUAGUUGGACAUAAGUUGUAAAGGUGGAUAUUUUUUAUGAAUGUCAUUGUUUUCGCAUGUGAAACUCCUGCGAAAACCCUCGAGUGGUUGCGUGGGCUUGAUUGGGGAGCACUACAGGAUAUCUAGUCACUUAAAAACCUUGAGACAAUGUUUCUUAUAAACUUCCACCCAACAGAAGUGAAAUUAACCUUCAGGUGCCAGUUAGUAUAAGGGUUUCGUGGCACGUAGAAGUUUAUGGCGGAUAUUCCCUUUGGUUUCUUCAUGAUUGUCGAUCUUCGCAUUUAUCCUUUAGAAAAAAAUUCCAUUUUAUAGGAGAGUAGUUACAAUUCAAUGAAUAUUGAACAUACUAGGUCAUAAAGACUCGUACUUCAUCCUGACACUUGUGAAAAUGACGACCUACAGAAACGGUGAGUUGAAAACACAAUAAUUAAUCAGGAGUGUUCUAGUGUGUAUCUGACCUAUCCGGAAGGCCUUUACUAUAGGAAAUAUAGAGAAGACGUUAUUUCUGUGAGUUCGUGACUAUUCACUCCUUAUCCUGUUUCUUGUUAUUUAUUGACUUGCUGUCUUUCUCAUUUCUUGUAGUAUUGAUAAUUGUUAUCAAGUGCGGUUGUUCAUUGUAUUAAACAACAAUACAGAAGUUUGACUUUUGGUAAUGGUGAUUAAUUAGCUUUUUGGGUACUUGGUCGACUUGAAGAUAGUCUUCCCGAAACGACACUUGUAACAGUUCAACAAGAAACCAGUGUAACUAGAUAGCUGUUUAUCUCCUCCGGAUACUACUCUUUGUUAUCUACAAAAGUCUGAAUGCAACCAAUACACACAACAGCAGUAUAUAUAUAUAACCGUUGAAAAAUUAGCGGGUUAGGUAGUCAGUCAACACACUUCUGAGGACAAUCCCCUCUACGUCCUUCAUUCGACUCUUUGCCAUAAUAUUGACCCGACGCUUACUUAAAACCAUCUCCAACACCAUUUGAAGCAUCAUUAUAUCUCUUGAUCAACUAGUAGUUUCAUCCCACUCAUGCAGUACUACUCGAGUUACCUUUCGAAAUUUCCUACGAUGUCACGUCUAACGAUUCACAGGUUGGGUUAACCACUCUGUGCACAACUGGUGAAUUCAAUUCUGAAUCUUUUCUUUGCAUAAGCAGUGCACCUAGUGUAAUUGCUCCAUUUUACCAGAUACUGAUCACUGUGUUUUAUUUGGGGUCAGUAAUGACUGCUAGCAUAUUAGAUCAAUUAAGAAAUUAGAAUAACGAGAUCGAGGCAUGUUACUUGUACGUGACCCACGGUGUUUUGGUUUCAGUUCUGUAGGGUACUUGACUGAAAGGAGUGAAAUCCUACGAAUCCGUUUGAUGCUAUCUUAAGAUGAAGUCGCUGAGAAUUGAUCACAGGAAUGUAGAUGUAUCAGCUCUCUGAAUUGACCAGAAAUAUCAACUAGCUUGGUACUUUAGAUCUGUUUCUUCCCUUCUCAUGGUGUUGAAGAGUAUGACAAUGCGAAACAGUGUGUUUGUAUGUGUAUCUUCUUAGCAUCUGUCAAUUGAGUGGGACUGAGGCUGCUUCUUGAUUUAGGCAAUCGACUCUCACAUAGUGGGCCAUAGGUUGUAAUCCCACUCAGCUUACCAUACUCUAGGUGACCAGGCAGUAUCACUAACCAUCAUAUUAUAGGCGUACUUCAUUGUGUAGUCCAUAAACAUGCACUAGUUUCUGUCUGUCAAGUAGAUAUUUAAUUAUCAUGCCACUUCCUAGACAGAGUCGUCGCAUUCAGUGUCAACUAUGAUGACUGACUUACUACCUUUUAGCUGAUAAAUGGUAAACUGGUAUUUGUUUGUAAUAAGGUUGACAACAUAAUAAAUCUCAAAUACUAAUAUAAGUAAAGAAUAAAUGAAUGAAAAUAAGAUUGUCUCUACCGUAUUGAAUGUAGUCUGUGACUGAAAUUUGAACGUCAUACUUCACAUAAUUCUACAUCUCGAUGAACAAUAGUUUCAUAACAGAGGAAUAUUUUAGUGUCUUCACGGCAUCGUAGUACAUAUUCGUCCUCAAAGAAUAUUGUCAAAAGGACUAAUUCAGUCACUGCAUCAAAACCAAAUGACAUUUUUUGAGGAUUCUCAUGAAGGUGUGUCACAACUGUAACUUCACGCAUAUCAAUUUCCACACACUCACGUUUUACAGAUGUAUCCAAUUUGCCAGAAUUUGAUGUGUAGUGCACUCUUUUGUUUAAUGGUGGAUUGUUCAAUUGUCGACCGAUAGUUUCUAUCUUGACUUAUUUGUCGACCUUUCAUAUUACAAUGACCGCGACGAACUAUGCUGGUAUAACACUUGUUCUGUACUACUCUACUAGAAAGGUCUGUUGGAUAGUGGUCAUGAAAAGGCAGUUACUUUUAUAGUACAAAUUACUUGCUUCGUUGUGGUGGGGGCGGUCCUAUGGCAAAGUUGUUAUGUCAGUUGGACGAAGUGAUGUUGCAUUAAGAGGUUUCUCAUGGAUAAAAAUGAGGAUACUGAUACUUCCUUGCUUGCAGGAGAUGGGGUGUAGAAGCUGUUGGCCUCUAAAAUGCCAGAUUUCUGCCUAUCCUGCGGUCUUCCGUUGCCGACGUUAUGGAUUUUCUAAUGAGAUUUAACUUGAUCAAAGUUAAUGUAGGAGUAGAACGUUGGCAAUGCGUUAGAAUAUAGUUUCGUUUAGGUCUGUUUAUCAGGUGUCACAGUGAAUAACGUUUCGGACGUAGUUUACUGUCCAUAUUCAUACUAGUUAACAUGACAACUUUGAGAUUAUGGUUUAUGCAGUCCUAAUUUUAAUAUGGUUAGUAGAAUUUCCCAUAUAUCUGGAACAUAUGCAGAAUCAUUCCUGUUGCAUGUAUUUGGUUUUGAUUGGACAAAAAUAUUCGGUUAUCAACCUCUGCCUCCACGCAACUAAGUUGUUUUUGGUAUUGUCUCCCUAUUCUUGUGUGUAAAUACAUGCUGAGCUCUAGGAAGCUGUUUUUUAUUUUAUUCAUUUCAUUGUAAUGUGAUAAUACUGCGUUUUCUAAGUUUAUUUGUUCUCUGAGCCUAAUUGUGAAGCAGGCUGUUGGCAUUGUCGUGCGGUUUCUAGUCGCUAUCAAGUCUGAUAGAUUUAUGUUAUUCAAGGACUUAUAGGUCUUGAAACACUAGCUCCUACGGUAAGAACAUGGUUCAUGUGUGUGGAUUGGAGUGUGCUGAAACAGAAGUAUUUUAACCGGUUCUUAGUACCCAUUUUUACUAUUAAACGCAGUCGAACUUACCAGUCAAUGAGAAUAUGAUGAAGGGCUGUUAGCAAUGUUAGAUUGUAGGAAUAAAAAAGAACGGGAAUGAACUAUCGGGUCCCAUGUGUAUAAAAAAACCUCGCUGGAAUCACUUCUUAGACUUGAGUUAUCUCAUCCCAUCUUCAUUUAAGUUGGCUUAUUUAAUUGUCUAGAUAACAGCAGGUAAGAUGGCUUACUAGUUGAGACAUUGAGACAAGAAAUUUUGCGCUUUAAGAAUGUUUUACUCCUGAAUGGCUACCUCCCCUUGGUUUUUGAAUAAAAGAAAUCGUUAAUAAUUGUUAAGAAAUCGUUAGGAAUAUAUGAAUAGCGGUGGUAUUAGUAAUAGGUUAUAGUAAUGCUGGUGACAGGAGGGAUAAAGAAUCCAAGACUUCUGCACUGCCGCCAUACAAAGAAGGCGCCUCGGAAGUUUUACGGAGAAUUAUCAGGAAGUUUAUUGGACCUGUUCAAGGAAACUAGCAGGAAAAAUCAGCGUACACUCAAUGUUUUCGAGUGUUUCCUGCAAUUACUAGCGUCUUUCUGGACCUAAGAGGGUAGCUAUCGCAAAGCUCGAUACUGAACAACCGUUGAUCCCGAUUGCUUCACAUGUUUCUGCAAGAAUGCUGAUCAUUAUGAAGUAAGAAAUGCAUGGGGUUUUAUAUUUUAGAUGUUGGUGCUUGACGAAUCAAAGAAUUUGGAACUGCACACCGUUUUGUAUGCCAACUACUUUUUUCUUGUUUACUAUGAGGUAUGCGUAUCAAUUUAUGUGAUUGUAUUCUGAUCGGGAUUUUUCUUUUUUUGUAUAAAUUAUAAGUGUCCGUUUGCAAAGAAUCAGAAAAGUCAUUGUUUUUCAGUCAGACAAGCAGUGAAUUCAAUCUUAUGGAUGACAAUAUGGAUUUUGUCAACGAUCUGCUUCCAUCGUCCCCAAAUUGAUUUCUUCUCGUUUUUCUACUGCGACAGUAUUAUCCUACUUGUUAUUUUGAUUAUUACUCUUUAACUUUAAAAUUGUAUUUCUUAAGUAAAUACACUUCUUCAGAUUAA